CGAGCGGGGAGGCCUUUGUUAAGCAGCGAGGGCGCGGCCGCGGGUACUCUCCUGCCAGCUUCUCGGAGCGGCGCUGGGCGACCAGAGCGGGGUCGAGAUGUCCUACAUCCCGGGCCAGCCGGUCACCGCCGUGGUGCAAAGAGUUGAAAUUCACAAGCUGCGUCAAGGUGAGAACUUAAUCCUGGGUUUCAGCAUUGGAGGUGGAAUCGACCAGGAUCCUUCCCAGAAUCCCUUCUCCGAAGACAAGACGGACAAGGGUAUUUAUGUCACACGGGUGUCCGAAGGAGGCCCUGCUGAAAUCGCUGGGCUGCAGAUUGGAGACAAGAUCAUGCAGGUGAACGGCUGGGACAUGACCAUGGUCACACAUGACCAGGCCCGGAAGCGGCUCACCAAGCGCUCGGAGGAGGUGGUGCGCCUGCUGGUGACGCGGCAGUCGCUGCAGAAGGCCGUGCAGCAGUCCAUGCUGUCCUAGCAGCCGCCACCAUCUGCGACUCCUGCCUGCCGCCUCUGUACAGUAACGCCACUUCCACGCUGUCCCCAUCUGGGUUCCGCUGAGCACUGGGCCCCAGCUCAGAAGGGCUACAGCUGGUCCCAGAGGCCUGGCCUGGCCUUCCUUAACUUCUCCCAUCCCUGGCCUGGGGCCUCUGGGACCAGCUUUCUCCCCUGGACGCCGAGGACUGGAAACAAGGGCCUGGAGCUGAGUGGUAGCCAGUCUGCUGUGACCACAGGCUCAGCUCUGACCCUGCUGCCUGGCCAGAGCAGUGGCUGGGCAAGUGGGAACCACUAUGUCUUGGGAGCCCCCAAAGCUGGGAAAUGCUGGAGGGGCCAGGCCUUUCCCGCUUUCCCCUGGCUGCAGGGUUCGGCUCCGCCCCUGCCCCUCAGCCCUCGUGUGUCCCCCCCGCAGUGCCUCUGCCCAUCUGGGGACUGGACACACAUCCUGCCAGAGGUGCUAUGAAUGUUUGCCCAGAUGAAGCCAUGUGGGCUCCCCGUUCACUCCCACUCUCCCGAGGGGUGCUGGCCUCCCCAGGGUUUGCCUUCUUAUAGGAUUUAGACGAGGUUCGAGGCUCACAUUUCAGGGCAGCUCUCAGGAUUGUCAUUUUCCUCUUUGCCUGUGGGUUUAACUUUUAUAUUUUUUUAAUCACGAGUUUGAUACAAAAUGUUUUUAUCGUACUCUUUGGAGAUGCCCAUUCUACUUUUGAAUUUAGCUUUUACUAAUUCGCAUCUGGAAGCUCAGCAAGUGCACAAGCCUUACUUUGGUUACUGUGGAAACCACUGCCGCCCCUCUCCAAUGUGGUGUGCUCAAUAAAAAAUGCUGGAAUUCA